AUGGAGGCCAUAAAAGCUACCUCUACUUCCCAUAGCACGGUAGCAGACACGGCGGAGAUUCAAGUAGGCGAGGCCGAAAGCACUCCGGAGAAAGCAGAAAAGAGUAUCCAAACCAGUCGAGUCAAAUCUCGAAGGAGGCUAGAGAGACGCCACUCGGUUCAUAACAAUAAUUUUACAAAUGAGAAGACAGGAUCGCGAAGAUCCAGGAGAUCUUUACCCUUUUAUGUUAGAUCCAAAUAUGCAACGAUGACAGUUAAUAGUGGAAAUCGCCACCUCUGGGGCCCUCAACCAGACUCCAAUAAGGAAGAGGAGGAAACGGUUGGUGACUUGACCAGUUGCAUUUAUGUCACAUCAAGUGAUGGCACCAACUAUCGUGUCACCUUCAUAGUUGUAAACGCUGCUCUUGAGCCCCUUUUCCUUCUACCACGAAAUUCACCUCCAACUCGAAAUGAAAAGAUCAGUCAGAUUAGCUCGCGUAUGAAAGUGUACGAGGAUCCAGGAAGAUUGAAUUAUGUGACUGUUAAGCGACCCAAAUUUAGUCUAAUUGAAAGCACGAUGUCGGAAAAGCCGGCUCCACCGAUUCAAGUAUACAUCUCCAGUCCUAUCACCCCCAAAACGGGUGUAAGCAGCAUUAGUAGACCUGAAAAAUCCCACAUCACUGGAUUUAUCUACAUCAGUACUGAUGGUUUUGUCCUAAAAGUUCGAGUUCCGCCCCUCUCCAUCAAAAAAGUUCGAAAUCCCAUUACCGAGGAGGUGCGUUCCACCAUGGAGCGUCUAAAAAUGCCUUGUUCGGAGGAAUACAAGAAUAAGGCUCGUCUUCUGGUUCGGUUGAUCAAUGACCUCUUCCGUGUUUCCUUUGAUCUUACCAACUGCACGGUCACCAGACUGUCCGAGCACAAAUCCCUUGCUGUCCAGACUGAAAAUCACAUGAUUAUUAGGCAGUGUUUUAGCCACUUCACGAAUAAACGUGUGAAUUUACAGCUACCCGAGAGCACUUACAUAUACCAUGAUCCGAUGGUAGAGAUUCGUCGAGUGAAUCACUACUUCGCCAAUUUAAACAUCGCGCCUCUUUGGAAGUACCAAAUGUAUCAGAAGCGAAUCACUCGAAUGCGUGAUCAUAAUACAAUGGAGGGAGAGAUAGAAAAGGUGAUAAAACGAGCUCGUGGAUCAACUAUGAUCUUUGAUGGAUUUGAUGCCAUAGUUACAGCGAUUGGCGGCCUAAUGCACGGUAUAGUGGUGAGGGGUGACGAGGCAUACGAGGCAAAAAUUCACACAUUUUUGGGGGACAGAAAGGAAACUGAAACCGAGAGAAUGAUAAGCGAAUGGAGAUUUGAGGAAGAGGAGGAAGAGAGCCAAAAAGAAACAAACCCUAAUGUGAAUUCAUACCGACGACAUUUGUGGGGAAGUGAGGAGGUGGAAGAGACCUUGGAAAGCUUGAAUAUGCCUUCUACUGUUGUCACCUAG